ACUAACACAGCUUUUGGGAAACAAAAACAAAAAAUCCAGUAACCCCAACCCACACUGUCUUCUUUGGUUCUAUGUCUUCUUCUUUCUUCUUCGCACUGUAACUCUCUUGGGGUCUCAGUCUCAGACAGACCCAAAACCCAGAUACCAAAGUGAACUCCCCACAUCCCCCACAAUACCACAACCACAAAUUAAACCCAAAAGGAAGAAACUUGCAAGAUAAUGCAAGGAUCUGUAGCUGAACCAGAACCAGGGGAUGAGGAAGUGAAGCUCAAGCCUCUCUUCAACAAUGGCAGUCUCUAAGCUCACAAUCAUCUUGUCCUUAUUCACACUACUAUCCACACUCUUACAAGCUAAAUCUACACCACAAAUCAAGCAGGUAAAAGUACAAGACCAAGACGCACAGCCAUUUGUGGGUGUGAACAUUGGCACAGAUGUUUCGAAUCUAGUCUCUCCCUCUGCCUUAGUUUCGUUUCUCCUAGUCCAAAAGAUCACUCACAUCAGACUCUACGAUGCCAAUCCUGACCUCCUCAAAGCACUGGCUCACUCCAAGAUCCGAGUCAUUAUUAGUGUCCCAAACAACCAGCUCCUCGCCAUCGGCUCUUCCAACACCACAGCCGCUGCCUGGAUAGGCAGAAACGUUGUUGCUUUCUACCCUGAAACACUCAUCACUGCUAUUUCUGUAGGAGACGAGGUGUUAACCACUGUGCCUUCCUCAGGUCCUAUACUUCUCCCAGCUAUUGAGGCACUUUACAGUGCUUUAGUGGCAGCAAAUCUUCACACCCAGAUCAAGAUUUCGACCCCACAUGCUGCUUCUAUAAUCCUUGAUCCUUUUCCACCUUCACAAGCUUUCUUUAACCAAAGCUUGUCCUCAGUUAUUGUACCUUUGCUUCAGUUCCUUUCCAAAACUGGGUCACCUUUGAUGAUGAACCUUUAUCCUUACUAUGUGUUUAUGCAAAACAAAGGGGUGGUUCCUUUGGAUAACUCUUUGUUUAAGCCCUUAACACCUUCUAAAGAAAUGGUUGAUCCAAACACUUUGCUUCAUUAUACUAAUGUGUUGGAUGCUAUGAUUGAUGCUGCUUAUUCUUCCAUGAAGAACCUUAAUUUCACAGAUGUUGUGGUACUUGUCACAGAGAGUGGUUGGCCUUCAAAGGGUGAUUCUAAAGAGCCUUAUGCCACUAUUGACAAUGCUGAUACUUAUAAUUCCAAUCUUAUUAAGCAUGUUCUUGAUCGUAGCGGCACGCCUUUGCACCCGGAAAUCACGUCUAGUGUGUAUAUAUAUGAGUUGUUAAAUGAGGACUUGAGGUCCCCUCCGGUUUCUGAGGCCAAUUGGGGUUUGUUUUAUGGGAAUUCUACGCCGGUUUACUUGCUUCAUGUUUCAGGAAGUGGGACUUUUUUGGCUAAUGAUACGACUAACCAGACCUAUUGUGUGGUGAUGGAUGGAGUGGACUCGAAGACAUUGCAGGCGGCUUUGGAUUGGGCAUGUGGACCUGGGAGGGCUAAUUGCUCUGAGAUUCAACCAGGGGAGAAUUGUUACCAGCCUAAUAAUGUGAAGAGCCAUGCCACUUAUGCAUUUGAUAGCUAUUACCAGAAGGAAGGGAGGGUUGCUGGGUCUUGUGACUUCAAGGGUGUGGCUAUGAUCACCACCUCUGACCCAAGUCACGGGAACUGUAUUUUUCCUGGAAGUAAGCAGGCGACCAAUACGACAAGGCAAGUAGUGAACUCGACAGACAUGAGUGGUGCAGGGAACAGAGUAAGAUUCGUCACCUUCUGGAGCUGGCGAAUAAGUGCAAUCAACAAGUGGUGGCACUUUUUCUUAGUUUUAGCUUUCAAUAUUUUGUUAUUAUGGUGAGGUAGAAAAAAAAAAAAAACUAUUUUUUGAAUUAUAUUAUUAGUUUGUAAUAAGUUCGUUUAUGAUCCAAUGUUUAUUUUUUUUGGGGUGGGGGUUGGGGUUGGUAGUGUCCUCUUUUUGUAAUUAGCAUAAUUGCUAAAGUUAGAUUCAUAAAUUGUGGCAUUAAUACUGCUAAA